GUCGUGACAGGGUCAGAGAGGAGAGGCAGGCCAAAGGCUAUCCAGCCAGGCAAUCGUGAGUGGGUGACGUUGAUCGCUGCAAUCAACGCAGCUGGCUGGUCAGUCCCACCAUUCCUCAUCUUUGCUAGCAACUGGACAAAUAAUAAGCUAGGAGUUAAGUGGCUAAAGCACUUCAACGCUCACACAAAGGCUUGUGUAGUAGGAGCACAUCGCCUGCUUAUUCUUGAUGGCCACGAGAGCCACCACUCUCUUAACUUCCAAGAGCUCUGCAAGGAGAACAAUAUCUAUACGCUCUGUAUGCCGCCUCACUCAUCCUACCUACUACAGCCUCUUGACGUUGGCUGCUUCUCGCUGUUGAAGCGCGCGUAUAGCCAUGAGGUUGAGAGCCUGAUCUGCCACCAUAUCAACCAUAUCACCAAGCUUGAGUUUCUGCCAGCGUUCAAGGCAGCGUUCAAUCAAUCAUUCACCUCAGCCAAUAUCUGCUCAGCCUUUCGAGGCGCCGGCCUUGUGCCUCUCCAGCCAGAUGCCGUGCUAUCAAAACUUGACGUGCAGCUGCUGCGUACACCUACUCCAGCUGCUCUGCCAGAGGCUCUCUGGGAGGCUCGUACACCGAGCAAUAUACGUGAGCUUGAUGCUCAAUCAACGUUAAUACGUGAUCGCGUGCGGCGGCAUAAGAGCUCCUC